GCCGCGUCGAGGGCGAUGCCCAUCACACUCGGAUCCUGUGACGAUACGUGCCAGAAGGCGCGCUGGAUCCCGCGCGUUCUUCUCCAGGUGCAAGUCAUUCCGCAAUUGACCACCAAUGCCGCACAAGAGCCUCGGCCUACUGCUGCUCGGGUCUGCUGUGGCGCAGGCUCGCCUCUCAUACAACGGCAGCUCGUCCGGCAGCGCUGCUAACACAACAGCCACGUCUGACGGCUACACCCUCUACGGCGCGUGGUUCACCGCCGGAAUCGUCGUCGUGUACAUGGGGAUGGUUGCAUCCUUCAUCCAGAGGUCGGCGCCCGACCACGACGUCACAGUGCGCGUUGGCCUCGACUCCAACUUUGUCAGCGUCCCCGUCCUUGAAGCCAAGUCAUAGCAAAGAAGGACACAUAGAUCAUAUUUAAGUCGAGUUAUAGCACUGGUGCUCAAGUUGGUCCCCUCAUCAGUCUAAC